AUGUAUCAGAGAUAUAACAACAUUCAAACCAACGUUUAUGACUGAAGUUUUGACACUCGUGAAAAAGCAAGUGCAAAGUCGUUUGUGAGAUUAUGUGUGACAGGUGAUUACGGUAUUUCAAUGGUGUUGAAGUGUGGAUGGAUGUUGAAGUUGACGUUUAGCGAUCCAAGGAACAGUGAACAAAUGGUGUUAAGUGUAGGCCGAUCCUUCCAUAUAUAGCAUCGUGAGAUAGAUAACACAGGCUUCAUUUUAAGAGCCUUAUACAAACGGUCACAAUGACUGUUAUGGAAUUUUUUGGAUGUGCCUUCCUGGCCUUUGGUCCACCGCUUGCAAUGUUUACAUUUACAAUAGCGAAGGAUCCUAUUAGAAUUAUAAUUUUAAUUGCCAGCGCAUUUUUCUGGCUACUGUCAUUACUGAUUUCGUCGUUAUGGUGGUUUAUAGUAGUUCCACUUAAAAGCAAGUUGGCGUUUGGGCUGGUUUUCUCAGUGUUUUUUCAAGAAAUCUUUAGGUUUCUUAUUUACAAAUUGCUCCAGAAAGCUGAAGUGGGUUUGAAGAAAGUAACCGAUGCAGACACGCAGAUCACAAACAGCAAGCAUGUUUUGGCCUAUGUGUCUGGCAUGGGCUUUGGUGUAAUGAGUGGUGCAUUUUCAUUAGUAAAUGUACUGGCAGAUGCUGUUGGCCCAGCGACGAUGGGUCUCAAGGGUGGUUCUGACUUGUUCUUCAUAACAUCAGCAGCAUUCACACUUUGCAUGAUUCUCCUUCACACGUUUUGGGGAGUAAUAUUCUUCUCUGCUGCUGAUAACAGGAAUUACCUACAAAUUGUGUGGGUUGUUGGCAGUCAUUUGACAGUUUCUUGCCUUACGCUGAUGAACAGCCAAAUGUGGUACGCAGCUACUCUUAUACCAUCAUAUAUUAUUUUGUUGAUCAAUGGAAGCAUUGCAUUCAGUGUGGUUGGAGGAAGUUUAAGAAGUUUGGGAGCCAGCAUGUACUUAAAAGAACGAAGACAUAUUUCAGAAAAUGGACAAUCAUUAACAGUGGACUAAUACAGUUUUGCACGAUUAGGAGUAAAACCUGAAUUGAAGGAACUUGUUUAAACUUUUUUAAUUUAAGACUCUGCUGCCGAUUUAUUAAAAUUUGUGUACAUUUUAUAAAUAUUUAGUACAUCAAUUUUAUAUUGAA